GCGACUCUAUAAGAGUCUAGUAACUCUAGACUUGCUAUACGUGCAAAUGUGAUUCAAGCAAAGUUUUUUGCUCGCCUCCGUGGCAGUUAAAUGUGGUUCCUGUGACUGCGCAUAUUUUUUUGAUCGUGGGGACAACGUACACGUUGUCCCUGUUUUUCUCUUACCUCUUUUAUCGAGAAGAAUGGCGUAGGGGCCUACUCCCAUAUGCCCAGAGCCAUAUAUUGAAGGAAAGAAGGAAGUGAUUCAAGCAAUUCAUCAUUGCCUUGCGAUAAAGAGGAAAUAUUCACGAUGGUAAAGUGAUGAAAAUUUUUAAUUGUAUCGUUUUAGUGAUUGUUCGAUCGUUCCCGUGUUGUUCGAUUGUUUAGUCAUGCAUGGUCGAGUGAAGGUACGUACUACAGCGGAGCAAGAGGAAAUACAGAGGAAGGAAAAAGCCGCUAAAAUUGCUCAAUAUAAAACUAACAUUGCCAUAGUAUUUCAAAAGAGGAAAGAUGAACUGUGGGAUGAUGAGUUACUGUCAAUUACCAAACAUAUACUGUUAAGUAAUCCAGAUAUUUAUACAUUGUGGAAUAUUCGACGUGAAGCUUUCCAGAAGAAUAAAUGGAAUGAGGAAGAGUACAAGCAAAUGCUCGAGGAUGAGAUGAGCUUAACUGAAAGCUGCCUCAGGGCAAAUCCUAAGUCAUAUAGUAUAUGGUACCAAAGAUGUUGGGUUAUAGAACAGAUGCCUGAGCCUGACUGGAAGAAAGAACUAGGGCUGUGUGCAAAAUGCCUAAAUCUAGAUGAAAGAAAUUUUCACUGCUGGGAUUACAGAGAGUUUGUCGUGCAGAAAGCUGGGAUCUCUAAUGAGGAAGAGCUAGAGUUCUCUAACACGAAAAUACUAAAUAAUAUCUCAAACUACUCGUCCUGGCAUUACAGAAGUCGAAUAUUGUUCAAGAUGUUUGGCACUACGUCGGAAGAGAUACCAAUCGUAGAUGAAAAGUAUAGAGAGGAACUCGACCUGGUGAUAAACGCGACAUUUACUGAUCCUAACGACACUAGCGCAUGGUUCUACCAAAGAUGGCUUUUGGAUAAACACGUAACUACCUGUCGGCUGUGGCGUGCAUACGUUAAGAAAGACACCGCUGUUGUUGUUCUCGACAACAACAUGCUGAUCAAACCAGUUUCGCUAUCGUUACUUGUGAACAGCGAGACUGCCGAUGUGGAAUGGCAGUUAUAUCCGAAUGAAAAAUUUGCUAAAUUACGAAUUGCUGAAUUUGCUAAUCCACUGGAGGACUUAAAUCGCAUUAAGGAAAUUUCGAUAGAAUUACAAGAGACGGUGUACCAGCUGCGUUAUUCGGAUUCGGAGGACGCCUGGAUUUACAAAAAUAAUUCGAGUCUGCACAAACAAAAUAGCAACGACAAACAAUUAAACGAACAGUUAGAAAGCUACAAUCAGUUAUCCAAAAUGGAACCGGAUAACAAGUGGGCCUUGUUGACUGAGGUACUUCUGAUGAAGAAGAUUGACCUUUCCAAGUUUUGCACCAAUAUUUUAAAUAACCUGAUGACACUGUCAAAAGUAGACUCCUUUCGUUCAAAUUAUUAUAAAGAUUUACGAAGCAGACUCUUGGUGGAGUACAAAUUGCAUGAAAUGUGGAAGGAGGAGAGCAAUUUGGAGAUACGAUCGAAGAUCGAUUUAUCAGGAUUAAGCUUGACGAGUUUGCACAACAAUCACUACUUUAGCCUCUUCGAGGAAGUGAAUCUCGGUGCAAAUUAUUUGAAGGAUCAUUUAUAUCAAUUUUCCACGUUGCAACGAUGCACAAAACUAUCAUUGUCUAGUAAUGACGUAACGUCGUUGAAGCAUUUUCCUAUCGUGCGCAAUCUCGAAUUUCUGUCUAUAAGGAACAACAAAUUGGCGAGCACGGAGGAAAUACUAGACUUUGUAAAACGGCAUGAAAAACUAAAAAGAUUGGACUUGAGAGACAAUCCAGUGUGCGAUGAGAUCGAUACGACCAAAAUUCGCGAGAUAAACCCUUACUUGGAGAUAUGCUUACAAUAACAUUUAAUAUGUAUAACUAUUGAAAUUUGAUAUGUUGCAUAUUAAAAUGUAUUUAAUAGUAA